AUGACUUUUAUUGAGGACUUACUGCCUGAUAAUACAGAUCCUUUGAUUAUUGACUUGCUUUACUUAUUGCUUGGUUUCAACAUACUGCUUAUUGGCAUAUUCUUCUUUAUUUACUAUCGUCAGUGUAAGAAAACGUAAAGUGGCUUAUUAACAGAUGAAGAUAAUGAUAACAUUGAUAAUUAAUUUGUCCAACCUUCUUAGAGUAGACAAAGAAAUUUAACUUAUGGCUAAGAUAUUAAGAAAAACAAGAGAUAGUGA